UGUUGCUUCCGGUUAUAAGAAAAAAAUACAAAAAUGAGAGCAAAAUGAUUUCUAAAGACAAGUAAUCCUUGAUUUUCUUUCAAAAUGGGACAAAAAGUAUCUGGCUUAACCAACAAAGUAACAAGAUCUGUUUCUUCGUUAUUUUCCCACUCAGACGAGACACCAGAAUCAUCUCUUGCUAUACAAAGAGCAACUCCGUUCGUCUAUAAAAGAACAAGUUCCAUGUUUUUUGAUGAAGAAGGUGACCUUGCUCAUGAAUUUUACGAGGAGGUAUUUGAUGCUGGCCAUUCAAGAAUGAAAAGACAGUAUAAAAAUUUAAGACCACAGGGAGAGGUAGAGUUACCAUAUCCAAAACUACAUCCAGAUUUACCUAUUGUGAUGUGUGAAGCCAUUCGGUGAUGAACUUUGAACUUUAGUAUUAGGUUAAAUCUCAAUCUAUAUGUGUUGUAUCAAAAUAGCAUAGCAAAACUACCACAGGACUACAGUGCCCCUGCACAAUGUCCGUCAUUUACUGCCAUUAAAGUCAUUUUUGUGUAUUGCUUAGAGUACAUUGAUCAUAGUAAUUAUGAUAUUAGUUGCAGGAAAAAAAUCAUGUAGAAAUUUGGUAAAAUCAAAAUUCAUGUUGUAGCUGAAAGAGACGAUCACACAUGAUUUUUAAUAGUUCAAUAUAGUUUUCUAUCUAAAAAAAUGAGACAUGUUCUAACAUUUUAUAACUUGUCACAGCAUAUUUAAGGGACCAUAUAUAUGAAUUUAAUAUUUUAAACUAUUUUUUUGGCCAUAAUGUUAUUUUACAAAGAACUAUGAAAGUUAAUUUAAGUCUCAAUGUACUUUGAAAAAAAGAUGAUACAAAAUGGAUUUAAAUUUUAGAUUGAAAAAAACAUAAAGAAAAUUAUAAAUUAUUCCUAUUAUUUAUCUACUAGUGUACUUUGGUAAAGAAUAGGAAUGUGAAAGAUGAUGUGAGCCAGUAUCUUAUUUAUCACAUUUAAGUAUGAGCAGUGUUUUCCCUUGUAUGCUUGCUAUAAGGUCUGGUGAAGAACACUGAGAUGUAAUAUGAAUUCACUAGCUAUUUUAUGUUUCUGUUUCAAAUGCUAUAUCGUGAGUUUAAAAUAACAACAAGUAACAACAAAGUUUUUUUUUCAUAUAUUUUUCUUGAUAGCACUAAUUUUGCAGCUUAAACAUCAUUCCAUAGUUUAUAAAUCUCCAUCAUUCCAUUUUAAAAUUUCUGAAAGCCUUUUAGAACAUAUACAAUUGAAAAUCUAAAGUUGUCUCAGGGCAAAUACAAAUGUUAUUAUUUGUUUAAAGAUUCUCUCGAAUUAAAACGUUUUAAUUUUAAACUUUAAUCAGUUCCUGCUUACCAAAAAUGUUAAAAACCAGUAACUAGUUUUCAUUUUGUAUCAGAUGAUGUUAUAAAUAAACCAAUCUAACCAUAUGAUAAAAAUGAUAUUUAUUGAAAGUCUGUUUAAAAGUUGAUUUUGCAACUAUUGUGAUACCAUAAUGUAUUUGUGAUAUUUAAGAAUUUUGUCGUCAUAGCUCUCAUCUUUUGUAAAUAAACAUUGUGUGAAUGCAUGAAUUGUGAAUAAGGGAAGUAGUUUGUCAUUAUAUUAAUGUACUAUCCAUGCUGUAUUGAUGUCUGUUGUGAUUAUUAUACCUCGUUCUGUUUUACGUGUAAAGAGAGCUUUACUAUUACUUUGUUAAAAUUUGUUACCGUGUAACAAACAUGUAUAAUGUAAGGUCGUAGUGUUGUCAACAGAAACUUGUUUUUGCAUUUCUUUGUCAAUAUUCAAUAAGACAUCAUUAUUUGUGCAGCUGAGAGAAUUUUUUUUUCAAGGUAAUCUUACAUGAAAAAGGUUAACUAACUGACAUCAAUCUUUACUUAAGAAUUCAAUUCUUCUUUUCAUAGCUUUAUUUGGUUGUAAAAGCAUUCACUGAAGCACAUUUGGUAUGGAAGUGUUUUAUUCCAAAUAUGUGCAAGAGUUAACACUUUUACAACCCUGUGAAACUUUAAAAAAAAGUAUUGAAUUGGCCCCGUGGUAUCUUCUUUCUUUUAUAAGUAAAUUUUAAUGCUGAAAACAGAAAAUUAUGAGCUAAAUCAAGCCUGUGUAUCUUUUUAAUUUUGUCAGCAGGAGGACAUGAAAGAGGGCAUUAAAACAGCAUGUGCUUGUUGUCUGCCAUUCAAGUUGUCGUAAUCUUUAUGAAACAUCAUUGUAAUGUAAUUUUAAUUUAUAAGGAUGCAAGUGUUUUUUAAUACAGAUAUCUAAAUAUACUGACUGCCAAUAUUCUUCAACUGUCUUCUGUAAUAAAAAAAAUGUUACUGGAAUAUUUGUAAUUAUCUUCCUUUUCUUAAAACUCUGCAUUUUACCUAGCUUUUAUAUUUUCUGAUUAUCUUAUCUGACAGUGCCAAAAAGUUGUUUUCUGGAAACUCUUAUAUUUGCAAGUUUUUCUUUAUUUUAUCAGAUCUCUUUCAUGUCAAAUGAUAUGACAAUCAAAAUACACCAUCAAUUCACAGCUAAUAUUUACAUUUUCUCAAAGCAUUUAUUCAGACUUUUGAAAAUUUGAUCAAUAAUGGAACCCUGCAACUUUUAAUCUGGAGUAAAAUGAACACAAAAUGUACCUUUUCUUUUUACUUUUGAUAACUUUGUGUUAGGAUUUAAAUAUUAAUUUGUAAGGACUACACUAAGCAAAAGUUAUAGUCCUUUUGUUAUAGUUUUCAAUGCUGUCAGUUUGAAUAAUUAGAAAUCAAUAUUGAAGAUAGAAUUCUGCAUUUUUUUUUUAUGUUCAGUAUGAAAAAUUGUUUUUGUCUAUUUUUAUUUCAUUUUUAGAAAAGUCCUUCUUUCAAGUUAAUCAUUUUGUAUUUUUUAAAUUAUUGACUGUUGAUUAUCUCCCUUUGUGCAGUUUCCAGUGUGAAGUUGUGACAGAAAGUUGAUAUCAUUUUGUAAAAUUAAUUCAUUAUACAUGUAUUGAUUUGUCAAAUUCAUUUGUAUUUCAUUUGAAUGUUUACUAGUCACAAAUUAAAUACCUUAUACUUACAAAUGUAUAUGAUGUGUUAGUUGUGUUUAAAAGUCUCUAGAAUUAUUUGUAAUUUAUAGUAAAUGUUUGAUGCAAUUAUUUAAUACAAUUUUUGUAAGUCUUUGUUUUAUGUUUAAAAUAUAUAGAAUAAGAUUUUGUUCUUAUAUUUCAGAAUAAAAAUCAUGGAAAACU